AUGCCCAUAUCCUUCUCUUCAUGGAAUGACAACCGCCCCCACAACCCUCCCGUUGUCCAUCCUUCACCGCAGCGCCCGGAGGACUGGGGGUUUUAUAGUAAAGACGAUGGGCGAACGAUAGGCCGCGCGCACGUGGCGGAUGUCAACCUCAGCUUCGCCAUCAACGGCGUCAUCCGGGCCGCCGCGUGUGUGAACGAGCGAAUUAUCUGGACAGCUGAAGACGACGGUGGGUUGUGGGUGCGGUCCCUACCGAAAGGGACAGUGCUGAAACACGUGGAUAUGUGUGCGGGCACCUUUUGUAGUUGUUUGCUCUACGUGGCGCUCCAGCACCACAUCUGGGUCGCGUUUGAAAAUGGCUCUGCGCGGGUCUACGACGCAGCGACCUGUGCACUCAUCAGCGAGUUUGUUGUAAACCCCAACUCUCGCCUUGGUCAGAGCAAUAAAAUUCAUGUGAUGGUGGAAGUUGAGGGAUACGUUUUUAUUGGGUGUGAGGAUGCCUGUAUCGUGAAACGUAAUGCCCUAGACUCACACCUAGAAUGUAUACUAAAAGGGCACAAAGGCGCUGUACGAGCUCUGGCGAUUUAUGUGGGACCCACCGGUUCUGUCGUCUUCUCUGGGAGCAACGAUGGCUCAGUAAAAGGCUGGGAUCCGUACAGGAACAAGAACAGUGCUGAUAACGACGCAACAGAUAACGUCGGGUGCAUUCAUACUUUUAAAACGGAAGCUCCACGGUCUUCUUCUAUGGAACCUCAUGGUGCGAUCCGUGCCCUAGAGGUGGUGCCGCACACAAAUCGAAUCUGGUCUGGCGGAGACGACCAUGCAGUACGCGUGUGGAACCUCGAGACGCUAAACUAUGAAGCUGUGCUUCAAGGCGUGCACGCCGCGCCGGUGACUUGUCUUUUGACGUUGGAGUCGCGCAUGUGGACCGGUGACGCCCAGGGGUGUAUCCUACUCUGGGACAUGGCCUCCUUAGCCAUACUGCAAAACCUCUCUAGUCGCGAGAGACUUGACUCCGGGGAGCUAUGGUUUAUAAUGAAGAUACAGCCCGCAACAUCAUGGAAGGUGUGGACGGCCGGUGCAAAGGGGUGUGUGCAGUGUUGGAAUGCGGAGACAUCACCAAUCCUGUUUCAUGACUCCCGUACGGGAGAGGAGGAGAAGGCACAGUCAACGGGUAGAGAUGGAAGUGGAAGACUGAGCAAGACUGAACCUUGGGCCUUGGUUUUACAAAACGACAGAGAGAAUCUACCUUGCGAUAUUAUCGACGUUGCUCGGCUCGGCUUUGAUUUAGCUUGUGGGAGAGGUCGUCUCAGAAUACAACAUGAACUGCAGAUUCAUCAACUCCUUGAGGAAGAGAACGCAUUUUUGAAAAAACGUGUAUAUAAUCUGGAAACUGCACGUGCGAUGUCUUUACGGUCACAAGACGCACAACCAUCCCAGUCUUCCAAGAGCCCUAUUCGAACCUCCGAGGAUGACAUUGUUUCGAUCUUGCGGCAUGAGCGAGAAAUUAUCGAGAAAGAACUUGAGCUUUUGCGGGAUGAAAACUACGCCCUCCUUCGACUUCUCGAGCAGCACACGGAGAGUAGGGAAAAAGCGAAGUAUAUACAGAAGGGUGUCUCCCAGACGGUGGUAGGGCAUCGUGUCAAGUCUGAGUCCACUCAGGGAGAUGCACCACUGGGCAACGCGACGCUAUCUACGUCAAGAUCACCGUCGCCUUCUGCACAGAUGCAUGAGAGCAGUGAGCAUGCUGGCGCGUUGCGAGACUCAAGCCGUUGGGCUCGACAAAUGGCCCGUGAUCCGGAGGACUGCAUGAGCAAGUUUGGAAAAACGAAAAAUGAGUCCCUGCAGGAACCUCCUGACACAGAGUCUUGCAAUAGCGAGAUACGAGACCACACGAAAGAUAAUCUGUCCAUACUGAGAAAUCAAUGCAACGGAUACCGAACACAGAUUAAGCGUUUAGUUGAAGAAAAGGAAGAACUGCAGCGAGCACUGACUAACUCCAAGCAGAAGAAGAUGUAUGACCUAAAGCUGAACGACAACACCCAAGGCAUGACUAAUCGUGCGAGCUCUGGACACAAAGAUAUUUCAACUCGUCUGGAACAUAAUGAAGUCGCAUCCCUACGUGAGGAACUAGCCAAGGUGAAACUAAUUUCUUCUAACAAGACGGAAGCUCUGCUUAAACUACAGAAGGAGCUGAACACGUUGAAGUGCGUGGAGGAAACGCACUCCCGUCACGAUGCGGCUUCUCAGUCGGUAACUCCAUUGCGGGAUUCCCACGCAGAUGUCAGCCAUGAAGAACACAAUCUGACACCUUCCCCAACACGAAGAACUGAGAAUACGGUGCGGUCUUCGGCGACCAGCAGCAAUGAUGUAGACAAAGGAGCCAAUUUUUCUCUUUCUUCUCGAGUGAAGCAUCAGACCACAGUUCCACAAGAUGAAGAUAAGCUCUCUCCGGAAGCGUGGAACCUAGCAUUGUCGGUACGCCUUACUGACGCGGAGUCUGUUAUUACGGAGUUAGAGUCGUUAUUAAAUGGAUGCAUGAAUCAGCUAGCUGAAGAACGUGAAACAAGGCAUCAUCUAGAGCAAAAGAUUAGUGUACUUCAAUCAACAAACGUAUGA